AUGAACGAUGAAAUAAUUACGAAAUCCAAUGUGGGCAGCAAUAUUUCCUUCACCGACGAGGAUGCAAUCGACGUGGACAGCGGCGCUUCUCGUCCGAUCACUUUAUGGAUCACGUCGAAGGGGUUGACGAACGCCGAGGAGGACACGUGUUCGAGGAACGUGCAGAACUUCACGACCUUCCGGGCUUCCGGUUUACCGGCGAGACGGGACUUGCCGACGUCUGACGACGGCAAGAUGCUCAAUCAUCGGUGGGAGUCGUCCCAGCAACGUUACGCGCGUCAAUCGUCUGCUACGAAGACAGACCAAAGCGAAGAGAUCGAGGACGCUUCGUCGCGCUUCGAGAAUGCAGUGACAAAAUACCAGAAGCCGAAGCCACGUCCCAAGCGACAAGUCAGCAGGGAGCGCCAGCAACAGCAGCAACAGAGUAAUUACUCGAGCAGCGACGAGAGCGUCGCGAGAAACAAGUCGAAGAGCACCAGCUCGAUCGACACGCAGUCGGUGAACAAUAUUUUGGACGAGUAUGAGGAUCUGGACUAUCGUAGAUCGUCGGAUCUCAGUGACGUUGGCAACAUCAGCGUGACAAAUUUCGAGGCAGUAAUGAUGGAUCAACAGAAACGGCAGCAGGUAAAGUCGAGGCAGAUUAAGUCACUGUCCGGCGCAAGAAUUCAGACUAAGUCCAUCCCGACGAGGGAAAAGGUUCAGCCGGUGCUAAAGGUGAAUCAGCAGACUCAAGUGAGACAGCGUUCGCGGGACAGACAGAAGGACUCUAAUAAAGGCCACCAGCAAGAUACCAGUUGCGUUUCGCCGACGAUUACAAUGGACGCGAUCGAGAGCGGUCGUUCGAAGAUGCCCGAGAUCUUGCUACGCAAAGGAGAGGUCCAGAAAAGGGUGGACGAAUGGCUGAAUCAAGCGCACAGUCAAAACUUUCCGGUGACCCCUCGCGAAAGGCCCUUGACGAGGUCCAAUAGCAGCGCCGAGAAGAGCCAGCGUAGAUAUCGCGGUCAGGAUUCGCAGUGUCGAUCAUCGAUCGACGAGGCGAGGGACAGGUUGAACGGAGGUACUUCGUCGAGCUACGACGAUUUGACUCGCGUGAAUCGCAGGGUGGAGCGCGGCAGGCCGGACAAGGUGAAUGUCGGUGUGAACACGAGUAGAGGCACGUAUAAAGAGUACUUGGCGGCGAGGAGUAAGCAGCAGGAUUACGGCUUCAACCCUCAGUUGUGCGCCGCAUCAUCAAGAUCCGGAGAUUCUAACCCGGCCUCCAGGAUACCUCAGAGAGGACUUCUCGGUUCGAGCUUCAAGUCCAGACGUGUCGAGGCGGAUCUUGAAGAGAAGACUGCAACCGCGAGUAGAAUUACGAACUUGUCAAAGGCGAUGAGCGAGUCCGAUCGCGGUAGGACGACUGUCAACAGCAAUUCGAAGAUAAUCGAGGUGUCUACUGGUGCGACGUCGAUGGUGACGGCGGCAGCGGCGGCGACAUCGUCAAUUAUUUCCUGCAGAAGGCCGUCGCUCAAGUAUUCUGGAAACGCCGUGGAUGAAAAUUGUGCGGCGACAGCGCACUCGCUUGUUAAGGAGGAGAUGAACCCGUCGUGCGAGCCGGGCCCCUCGAAGGGCCUAUCGUUGCCUGGAGGCAGCCUUAGUGACCAAGGCGAGCCGAUCUCACCAAAUAAGGACGGAGAAAGUAGGCGGCCGGCUGCCACGGCGAGCGGGCCGACACUGCGACCCGCCGCAGCCGAUAAAACGGUCGAGGCGGCCUGUAAAUCGACCGCGGAAGUGUCAACAAGAUGUGCCGCAAACUAUUCUCGAGGUAGCUCAUCGAGGAUCGCUUCGUCGGCGGAGUCUGAUCGCAUCGUUGCGAUCGAGUCGCCGCGACGCCGACUUCAGUUUUGCAGCGACGUCCGAAGGGAGCCCAGAUCGAUCGAUCAAUCACGGCAAGAGCAACCGAUUUAUGGCUCGGCUGUUAGCGCUCGUGUGCGGGCUCUGCAAGGUCAAGUGGAGUCGCGUACUCCAAGAUCCAGGUGUCACCAGGUCGCAGGGGCAUCGAUGGAGGUCAGAAAGCCACCGGUCCUGCCGCGCAAGGACCUUGGUGUGUCUCCAUCGCGUGAUGCUGGAUUGCAAGAUCGAACGAAGAUGCCGAUUGGCAUACCUUCGUCGAGUUUCAAGCCAAACAAUCGAGCUUACACCGCGAUCAAUGAUUCGCAGCGACAGUCGAAUGAGCAGAAUGCCAUAAGAUCCAAGAUUGCCGUUUGUGAAAAUGUUCCGACCGUUAGAGUUAUGCGUUACGCCUCUCCCGAUCACGUGGAGAAAAUUUACGAGCGCAGCUUGCAACCGCAGGUGAUCCACACGGAUAGUCUCGAAUCAGUUCUUCGACCUUCCCUGCAAACGUCGCCUUACGGUGAAAAGGUCGGCGUUUCUAAACUGGAGCGAGAGUCAACCGUCACGGAAAUGUCGUCGACGUUCGAGGACGAGACGUUCGACAAGAUUGGCAAGUCGCGACACGAGCACCUCGAGACUAUCGAGGAGGACGAUCGGAAGAGUGAAGGACCGGUCCGCAGAUAUCCGGAGGUCGGACUGAAGCAGUGUCUCAAAGUGCAGAAGAGUCUGCCGAAUGGCAGGUCCAAGGAAUCGGCAGACAAAAGGAAGGACGAUUCGAUUUAUGUUAAGUGGAAUCAACAGCAGCAAGUUGUUCUUAAUGAGCCGGCGAAAACUUUCGCCACUUUUCAAUCGGCGUCAUCUUGCCAGAGUAACGUUAAAUCGAGUGUCAGGUCUCGAUCUCCGGAGAUAAAAGAAUCUAGAGGUCGUGAAGAGAUUAGACAAGAGCCAGAUGAGUCGACGACAAUCCUUCAAGAUCUCGUGGGUGGUUACGAGGACGUGUCGCGAGAGGAUCAGGACCAACGGACGAUCCAUUCGCGAGAGAAUAGCAAUUUGUCGACCGCUACAAUUCCUGUUGAUGAACUGGAGAAUCAGGGAGGCUCGAGACUGAAGACUGAGGAAGAUCUUUCUCGAAAUAAACUCCAGUCCGGUGAAAAGUUACAAGAUCGUGUAGUCGAAGAGACCACGAAGAGCGCCGACGAACGUGGUGCGGUGGUCAACGAAAUUCUCGUUAAGAACCUGCAAUUCGAGCAGGAUUUGCCGGAAAAUCCGGUAGAACAAACGAGAUCGGAUUACGUGAUACAACAGGUGAAUUUUCAUAAUAUUUUGUGCGACGAUUAUGAAAAUAAAAAGUUGAAGAACAAGAAGAUGUAUAUGACGAAGGAAGAGAUGGAACACCGGAGACUAAUAGAUAUGUUGAAGAGAGGAAACUUCGAGAUGCUGAAAGCGGUGAGUAACUUAAUCAGUUUUUACAUUAGGCUAGUAAAUUACGCUAAACAGGAUGGUCUUCGUUAA